AUGCCAAAGCCUAAGAGACAGUUGACCAUGAACCAAGAUCACGUGAAGGAAACACCAAAAAUGAGAAAGAUCGUGAUCUACUGCGAAGACCCGAAUGCUACUGAUGAUUCUUCAUCAGACGAGAAGGAGAUGAUGAGUCCAAAGAGGUUUGUUCGAGAGAUUUUCACACCGAUUUUGGAUGUCCAAGUUGAGUCUUCGUGCCAAGAGACAAAUGGAAAGGAGAAAACCCCAAUUCCCAUCUGUAAGAAGAAGAAGGAAAAGAAGGGUUUAACUAAACCUCCGAAUUCGGUUGAGGCAAAACCUUGUUCCAAAAGAUACAGGGGUGUUCGGCGGAGGAAAUGGGGGAAAUGGGCUGCGGAAAUAUGUGAUCCAUUUAAAGGGAAGAAGAUUUGGUUAGGCACAUUUGACUCUCCAGAGGAAGCGUCCAAAGCUUACGAGGAAAUGCGCUUAAAAUUCGAGGCUAUGGGUCAUCAAUAUCCGCCUGAGAAGUGUUCAAAGGCGGUUUUGAAGACUCCCAAUCGGAAUAAAACCGUUGGCUCUGUCUCUGAGAACUUUGCAGCUGAGAGUUUGGUAACAGGUGCAUCUCCCUCGUCAGUGCUGCAAUUUGAUGAAAACAACAAAUUGCGCGAUCUGGGCUUAUUGUCGGAUGAAAACAACAUUUCACUGGCAGAAAUUGCGAGAGGACUAGAACUCGAUUUCGGGAUGAACUCGUUUCUCGCGGGAGAGGACGAGUAUGGAGAGCCUCUGGAGGAUUUUGUGAUUGAUGAUGGUGCUUUUGAUGAUAUACCAACCUAUGGUUUUGAAGGUGAUCUGCAAUGUGUUCCUCCUCUUCCAGAUUAUGAUUUUGGCUCCGAUUUCGGGGCUAUGAAUGACGAAAACUUGGGUUGGAUUGAUGAUACCAGUGCAUAA